GUCUCCUGGCGAAGCAGCGACGGUGUAUUGUCGUCACGACAACUUUCACGUAAAACCACCAUUCGUUUCUGUUUUUUGUUUGUUUGUUGUCGCUAUUACAAGAGCUACAUAUUCCGAUUUUGAUGUUAGCGGUUUAAAACAAGAAAGGACUGUUAUAGAGCUCUGUAAAGAUAAAAAAAUAAAAUAAAUAAAAAACAUAAAAGGAAUGUUUCUGGCGCUGUUUGAUGUGCCUUUAAACCCCCCAUCAACACAGGGUGGUGCAGUUGUGCGUCGUUACGCAGGGAAGCCUCCACACCUCUGGCCUCAAUUGGUUUCCCCAUCCAGUCCUCUCUGAAACCCGCCUGCGGUGUCGUCCCGACGAAGUCUGUUGGUCUACAGUUGGUUUAGUCAGCGCUCGCUUUAAAUUCUUUAAUCGCCAGAGUACAAAUCUGACUGUAAUUUUCAUAUCUUCCCUCCGUGCAGACUUGACGAAUUAUCCAGCCCACAUUGGAUGUAUUUGGAAUAAACAUUUCUUAAGGAAUACGCCAUUCAUAUCAAUGCUUCAACAUGCAGCCCCCACCGAGAAAGGUCAAAGUAACUCAGGAGCUGAAGAAUACUCUCAUAGAGCAGAUGACCAGACUGCACCUCAAACAUCAGACUGAAUGUGACCUGCUGGAGGACAUGAGGGCAUACAGUCUGAAGAAGGGCCAGUUGGAGAGGGACUAUGUCCAGGCUCUGCAGAAGCUGGCCAGUCAGUACCUGAAGAGGGAUUGGCCAGGCAUCAAACCAGAGGACCAAGGCACAGACUACAGGAAUGUGUAUGCUGUGUGGCGGUCCUAUCUGAAGGGGACAGUACAGGUGACUCAGUCUCGCAUCAACGUGUGUGACAACUACAAGAAUGAGAUCUCAGAUCCUGCUAAAACUGUACGGCUAUACAAGGAACAGCAGCUCAACAAGAGUAUAGAACAGUUGAAUCGUAUCCAGGUGGAGCUGCAGGACUCUGUGAAGGACCUGGCCAAAGCCAAGAAGAAAUACUAUGACUCAGAACAGGUGGCUCAGGCCAUUCGAGAGAAGGCUGACAUCGAGGCCAAGUCAAAGCUGGGUCUGUUUCAGUCCAGGAUUAGUUUACAGAAAGCCAACGUUAAGUUGAAAGCCAAGAGGAGUGACUGUAACUCUAAAGCAACCCAUGCCAGGAAUGACUACCUGUUAACCUUGGCAGCAGCCAAUGCUCACCACGACCGCUACUACCACACAGACCUGCUGCAUUGUAUACAGGAGUUGGAUGGCGGGAUAUAUAACCAUGUGAAGGACUAUCUGAUCUCUAUCUGUCAGACAGAGCUGGAGGCCUUUCAGGUCAUACACAACACCUUCCAGUUCCUACUGGACAAAUCCACCCGGGUGGUACAGGAGUUUAACCAGCAGCUCUUCAUGCAGGAGAACCCUGUGUUUCAUAAAGCACAAGACUUCCAGUUCCAACCCAGCGACUGUGACACGACUCUGAGCUCGGUGCAGAAGUUGGUGGACAUUGAGCCUUCGCCCAUCAGUGUCAUGAGGAUGACGCUGGCACAGAGUCGUAAGUUGGAGACAGACACGGGGAGCCCGACAGAGGAGCACAGUCUGAACAAGGAGGCCAGGAAAUGGGCAACCAGAAUGGCCCGAGAACACAAGAACAUUGUCCACUACAAGAGAAGCCUGGAGGAAUGUGAGACACUGGGAGUUCCUCAAACAGAGCAGGGCCGGCUUGAUCUGGAGCUGAAGAUAGAGGAUACCAAAGAGAACAUCCGCAAGGCUGAGACAGUAAAGCUGAAGGCAGAGGCUCGUCUGGACCUGCUGAGACAGGUGGGCGUUGCCGUGGAUACCUGGCUGAAGAGCGCCAUGAACCAGGUGAUGGAGGAGCUGGAGAAUGAGCGCUGGGCUACGUUAAACUACACUACCCACGAUCCCUCACUCUCGGGCCCAGUUGAUCUGGAGCGGUCGGAGGGAGAGGAGUGUGAGGAGAACAUGGAGGUGUUUGAUGACAGCAGCUCCAGCCCCUCUGGGACUCUCAGGAACUACCCACUCACCUGCAAAGUCCUCUACUCAUACAAGGCAUCUCAGCCAGAUGAGUUGAGUAUAGAGGAGCAUGAGAUGUUGGAGGUGAUAGAGGAUGGAGACAUGGAGGACUGGGUCAAGGCGAGAAGUAAGACAGGGCUGAUUGGCUACGUCCCAGAGAAGUAUCUUCAGUUCCCCACCUCUAGCAGCCUACUGAGCAUGCUCCAGUCUCUCGCUGCGUUGGACGCUCGCUCACACACCUCCUCCAACUCCACCGAGCCAGAUAUACACACUGGCAGCAUCAACGGAGACGCCAGCUUGAGUUUUGUGAGGGCGCUGUAUGACUACGAUGGUCAGGCAGAUGAGGAGCUGUCCUUCCCAGAGGGGGCUGUCAUCCGUCUGCUUAACAGAGACACCCAAACAGACGAUGGCUUCUGGGAGGGAGAGUUCAACGGACGAGUGGGAGUCUUCCCUUCUGUACUGGUGGAGGACCUGACUGAGAGCAGAGAGAACAGAGUAGACAAACUGAUCUCUCCAUCUUCGAGGCUGCCCUCCUCGUUGCCCCCCUCCCUCUGUAUGAUCAGCCCCCUGCAGCCCCUAUGCCACCCCAGACACCCCCACCCCUCCGCCCCUCCCUCGAUCUCCCUCCGUCAAUGGGGAACACAAGCCACCUCCCACAAUGUACAAGGGACCCAAUCACAAUCAUAGUCCAGUGUCACCAGAGUUCCCCCAGCCCUCCCGGUUCACCCCCGACGGAGGCAUCAGCACACUACGACCUGUCCGUGCAGCACCUCCGCCCCCAAGCAGAAACCUCGCAAACAGACAGAGAAGACUGAGGAGGUGGAGAUCACACUGGUGUGACAGUCAGACAGACAGAUGGAGAAGACUGAAGAGGUGGAGAUCACACUGGUGUGACAGACAGACAGACAGAUGGAGAAGACUGAAGAGGUGGAGAUCACACUGAUGUGACAGACAGAUGGAGAAGACUGAGGAGGUGGAGAUCACACUGGUGUGACAGACAGAUGGAGAAGACUGAGGAGGUGGAGAUCACACUGGUGUGACAGACAGACGGAGAAGACUGAAGAGGUGGAGAUCACACUGAUGUGACAGACAGACGGAGAAGACUGAGGAGGUGGAGAUCACACUGGUGUGACAGACAGAUGGAGAAGACUGAGGAGGUGGAGAUCACACUGGUGUGACAGACAGACAGAGAAGACUGAGGAGGUGGAGAUCACACUAGUGUGACAGACAGACAGAGAAGACUGAGGAGGUGGAGAUCACACUAGUGUGACAGACAGACAGACAGAGAAGACUGAGGAGGUGGAGAUCACACUGGUGUGACAGACAGACAAGACUGGGGAGGUGGAGAUCACACUGGUGUGACAGACAGACAGACAGACAGAGAAGACUGAGGAGGUGGAGAUCACACUGGUGUGACAGAUAGACAGAGAAGACUGAGGAGGUGGAGAUCACACUGGUGUGACAGACAGACAGA